CCUUGAUUGUUGUUUGCAAUAUAAUAAUAGCAGAAAACACAACUGCACAGUGGGGUUCUUUGUCCAUCUGCUACGCUUUUCUUGGAUGACGCUUCAAGCUCGAAACCUCGUCGUUUUCUGCUUCCUCCUGAGCUCCUGUGGGACUUUUGCUGCUUUCUUUCACUUCACUCUGUUUGAGAUAUAAACAACAACAACAAAGCCAGCCAUUUUUCUUUCUGGGUCUUCCACAUUUCAACUUUCCCGCUCUCUAAACUAUAUGAAAUAAUCUCUCUCUCUCUCUCUCUCUCUCUGAAGGGAUGCAUUAAAUUUGCAUCAAAGUGAAACGAGAUGAAUAGCAGAGUACGCACUAAUCUUCAGAGCAUGAAAGCUGCUCUAAAUAAUGAUAAAAGGGAGAAGAAGAUGGAGACUCAGAAGAACAGAAUAAUGGGUACAGAGAGAACGUCAAUCAAUCGGCGUAGAUCAAACAGAGAAAGAAAAAUGGCCUUGCUACAAGAUGUUGAUAAACUGAAGAAGAAGCUCAGACAUGAAGAAAAUGUCCACAGAGCAUUGGAAAGGGCUUUUACAAGACCAUUAGGAGCUUUACCUCGUCUUCCUCCUUAUCUCCCUCCACAUACAUUAGAACUUCUGGCUGAAGUAGCUGUUUUAGAAGAGGAGGUUGUUCGGCUUGAAGAACAGGUUGUUAAUUUUAGACAAGGUCUUUAUCAGCAAGCUGUCUAUCUAUCCACCAAGAGGAAUGUGGAAACUUUGAAUGAUUCAAGUGAGCAGACCCCAAUUAGAAGUGCUAAACAUCAGAGAUCAAAAUCUUUGUCACAUAAUGAGUUCAUAUCAGCAACAUCAACCUCCAGGCUUCAACCUUCUCUUUCUCGAAGUGUUUCUAGCAGAAGGCUACCGUCUACUGAUAUUGUCUCUGAUCGAACGACCGGGAAUUGUUCUAGUAGGCAAGUCAGUGGAAAACAAAUUUCCAGGAAACCCAAUUGUUUGUCACCUCUUUCAGAAGAUGGGAAAGGAAAAGAAAAUCGAUUGUGUUCUAAUGCAGCUAGGGAUAAGCAAUCUCCCGACAAGAAAACUACCAAGGCUGUAACCCCAGUGAAAAAGCUUCCCAGCAAACAUGAAUCCAUGGUCAAGUGUUUGGACCCUUUGAAGUUAGAGCUAGAGUGCAGAUUAGUAGACCAGGAAAGAGCACAUGAGAGUUCGUCUGGUUCUUCAGAUGAUAAGGUAUCGGAAGCCGAUAACACUCCUAAUAAAGUGUCCGAGGAUAUUGUGAAGUGUUUGUCUAGCAUUUUUGUGAGGAUGAGCAGUUUGAAGGACAAAGUAGAGGAAUUGGAGACUUCUAGAUCAACAUUAUCUGCUCAUGCAGCAAAUGGAGAGACAGGGUUUCGAGAUCCUUAUGGCAUUUGCUUAGAAUUCAGAAAUAUAGACGUUGGUCUCUAUAAAAAUCUCCGGUCAAUUGAUAUUGGUUCAAUUGAUCUCAACAGAACAACAAGCGCAUUGAUUCUGAUGCACAGAUUAAAGUUCCUACUUGGAAAGCUUUCCUCUGUGAACCUAGAGGGUCUUAACCAUCAGCAGAAGCUUGCAUUUUGGAUUAACACUUAUAAUUCCUGCAUGAUGAAGGCAUUUUUAGAGCAUGGCAUACCUGAGACUCCUGAAAUGGUUGUAGCACUAAUGCAAAAGGCAACGAUAGAUGUUGGGGGACACUCCCUGAACGCAAUUACAAUUGAGCAUUUCAUUUUGAGAUUGCCUUAUCACUUAAAAUUUACGUGUCCAAAAGCUACAAAGAAUGAUGAGAUGAAAGCUCGCAGCAUAUUUGGAUUGGAGUGGUCUGAACCCUUGGUAACCUUUGCACUUUCUUGCGGAAGCUGGUCCUCCCCCGCCGUGAGAGUGUACUCUGCAGCUCAUGUUGAAGAAGAGUUGGAAGCAGCAAAAAGGGACUACAUACAGGCAGCUGUUGGGAUUUCAAGGACAAACAAGUUGAUAAUCCCCAAGCUGUUGGAUUGGUAUCUGCUUGACUUUGCAAAGGAUUUAGAAUCAUUGGUUGAUUGGAUUUGCAUGCAGCUACCCAAUGAGCUCAGGAAUGAGGCUGUUAAAAGCCUUGAAAGAAGGGGAAGAGAGCCCUUUUCACAGUUGGUGCAAAUAAUGCCAUACAAUUUCAGCUUCAGGCUGCUCUUACAGCGAUGACACAUUUUCAUUUCAAUUUAUUUAUUUUUGCCCCAUUCUUUAGUAUGCAUAGUUUUUGUGGAACAUUGGUUUUGGUGGUGGGUUUGUAUAUUGAUAUAGUAAACAAGAUGAAAUUACAUAUAACCUAAGCACAUGGUUUUUGUGCUUCUUCAUUAAAAUUGGGUUCGGGGAAGAGAGC